GUGUCUGUGCCCUGACCCUAUAAGAUGCCAAGAGAAGAUGUUCACUUUGUCUACGGUAACCCCAAGAGAGGGCACCACCACUCAUACAUCACAGCCAAAGAGGCUGCAGGGAUUGGCAUCCUGACAGUGAUCCUGGGAAUUUUACUGCUCAUCGGCUGCUGGUAUUGUAGAAGACGAAGUGGAUACAGAAUCUUGACGGAUAAAAACCAUCAUGUUGGUAAUCAAAGCACCUUAACAAGAAGAUGCUCACGUGAAGGACUUGGUCAUCAGGACAGCAAACUGCCUUUUCAAGAAAGAAAUUGUGAUCUUGUGGUUCCCAAUGCUCCAUCUUCCUAUGAGAAAUUCUCCACAGAACAGUCACCACCACCUUACUCACCUUAAGAGCCAGCAAAACACCUGACAAAUGCUGAAAUGAUUCCCCUCACAUUUUUGCUGGGAUUUAAUAUCUAACAUUGUGCUUUGGAAUGCUGCAGGAACAAUGUAUAUCAUCUCUAAUAACAAGUCAGUGUUACAUUCUUAGUAGAGCAACUAGCAGUACUAAUCAAGUGAGGAAAUGAUGAGAAACAGUAAAAUGGGAAAAACUUCAUCAAUAAAUGUUAUAAUGCAUGAUACUCUCUAUGCCAUGCAUGGUAUUAUUUCUGAGGGGUAGAAAUCAAGAGGGUAUUCUGGGACCAUCCAGUUUCUUUUUACUGUAAUUUUGCCAAUAAUGAACCAACUAUUCACAGAAUUAUUGCAAGUAAGUCUGUGCCAUGGCGUGCUCACAAAAGAAAAACCUUUACAGGUUUAAGACCAAGAGCUAAUUGACCUAGUUACCAUAUUUUGCCAUGUAUAAUGCAUCCUUUUUUUGCCCAAAUUUUCGAAGGAAAAUUAAGGAUGUGCAUUUUACAUGGGGGGUAUGGCUCAGAAGCAGGGGGCCUGCCUGGGCCCACUGGGUGCAUGAGGUGCCAAUGUGGGAUCUGGGAUCCAGUGGGAGUGGGCCAGAGAGGUCUCCACUGAGCACUAUAAUCAGGGGAUGGCAGUGCAAACCAUGGCCCUGCAGGGUAAGGACUGAGGCCUAUGGCCUGGCCACUCAGAGGGGGACCAGGAGCCCUGUGCAGGCCCCAGAGACCAGCCUGGCUGCCCGUGGGCUGAGUGGCCUCAGAAGCUUCCAUGCCACUGACCAUGAGUAUGGCCAUCUUGUCUUUGGCCCCCAAAGGGCUCCCAGGAGAGAGGGAAAGGAGAGUCUUCACAGAGCAGGGUGGCUAUGGGAGGGUGGUGCAGUCUGCACAUUUACCAGGGGAGCAUUGGCUCUCUCCAGAUGUGUCUUUCCCAGUGGAGAGCUGCCCACUUUCUCUAGGGGAGUUUUCCUGAAAGAUUGGGCCAAGAAUGUGGGUGCAUAGGAACAGGUUUUCCACAGCAAAAUAUGGCAUCUGAUCAGGAAAAUGUUAGCAAUAUCUUUUUGUGUUCAAAAAUUUCAUACUAUAACAACAUACCAUAAACAUCCUAUAUUUUAAGUAAGACAUGCAAUGCAGUCUAAUUAUAUUUCACUUCAAGGCUAAUGAUACCCUAAGUGUCAAGAAUUUUCUGUUAAACCAGAAAGCAGUGUGAAGUUUUAAAUGUCUCUAUGGCAAGUCAGCUCCUUUGAGUUCCCAAAUCCCUGUCAUAAGACCAUACAGAAGAAAUCAUAAAGGAUUAGAGAUUCUGGAAUGGUAUCAUUAUUUGCAUGGCAACAUUGUAAUUUCUUUUUGGGGCACAUGCUUAUAGCCUACGCUAUUAUUUAUCUAGUAUUUUUCUUUCAGGCAGCUAAUUAAAAUUUUUUUUGUCUUAAAUUUCUAUUAUUACCCUAAAUCAGCAGUUCUCAACCUGUGGGUCGUGACCCCUUUGUAACAGUGAAAAUAUAUCCUGCACAUCAGAUAUUUACAUUAUGAUUCAUAAGAGUAGGAAAAUUACGGUUAUGAAGUAGCAAUGAAAAUAAUUUUAUGGUUGGGGUCACCACAACAUGAGGAACUGUAUUAAAGGGUCAUGGCAUUAGGAGGCAUUAGGAAGGUUGAGAACCACUGCCCUAAAUGGAAAACCAGUAUCAGUUUCCAUAAGUAGAGAAUAACUAUAAAAAUGAAGAUAAUGAAAUUAAGUUAUUUUUAUUACGACUUAGGAAGAUGCCGGGUGUGAUGGUUCAUGCCUGUAAUCCUAGCACUCUGGGAGGCUGAGGCAGGUGAAUUGCCUGAGGUCAGGAGUUCGAGAUCAGCCUGAGCAAGAGUGAGACCCCAUCUCUAAAAAGAGCCCAGUGUUGUGGUGGGUGCCUGUAGUCCCAGCUAUUCAGGAGACUGAGACAAGAGGAUUGCUUGAGCCCAUGAGUUUGAGAUUGCUGUGAGCUGAUACCACAGCACUACUGAGGAUGACAAAGUGAGACUCUGUCUCAAAACCCCCCCCAAAACUUAGGAAGAUAUUUUCAUAGAAGGCUGUGAACCUGAGACCUGCUCUCUUUGUUAAAGAGAGAGAAGAGCAGAAAUCAAAGGAAAGGUACAGGCUGAGCAUGGUGGCUCAUGCCUAUAAUCCUAGCACUCUGGGAGGUUGAGACCUGGUGGAUUGCCUGAGCUCAGGAGUUCAAGACAAGUCUGAGCGAGAGAGAAACCCUAUCUCUACUAAAAAUAGGAAAACUAGCCGGACACUGUGGCAGGUGCCUGCAGUCUCGGCUACUCCAGAGGCUGAGACAAGAUCUCUUGAGGCCAAGAGUUUGAGGUUGUUGUGAGAUAUGAUGAUACCAUGGCACUCUACCCAGGGUGACAAAGUAAGACACUGUCUAAAAAAAAAAAGUAAGGCUGUCUUUGACAUAAUCAGAGGGUUUGCAAGAGUUUUAAAGAAAUGACUUUCUCACUAUAUAAUUCAUUGUUAUUUAAUAGUGAGUCAGUAAACCACCUAAAAUUACCUGUGUCAUCGGAAACACCAUUGUACAUAACUGCACUAUUUUCUACUAAAGACAAGAUUGCACCAAAGAGGAAAAAACACAGAAUAAACUUAUUACACACAUUGAAAAAAAUGACAUUCAACAACACUAAAAUACAUCUCUAUCCAUUUCAAAGAAAUAAAUGAAUUCUAGGCAAAGAAAACUUCAUCAGGUAUGUGGGCACCUCCUGCCCUUAACUACAAGGUCUCUUCUGAGCCUCAGUCCUCCACAUCUAUACAAGGACCUGUGGCUUUAGCCCUAGAUGUCCCUCAAAUCCCCCAGACUGUCAUCCACUUAGGGUUCUCUCCUUUCCCUGUGGAAAAGGAGUCCCCCAGACAGUUCCAGGUGAUGGACAAGGAGACUUGGACUGAACUUGCCAAAGGGAUAUUAGGACAGUGAGAUUUUGU